CUUUCAUUUACAUCCUAGUUCAGCGGAACACGAACGCCGCAGCAGCUCAUGCUAUUUGAGUUGGUUUUGCGGUAAUUUUUUAGUUUCUAACUUAGGUGGAGGAUUUCUUGUGAAAUCUGCCGCCACCAUGAAACUCGUACGGUUUUUGAUGAAACUGAGCCAUGAGACCGUUACCAUAGAGCUUAAGAAUGGCACCCAGGUCCAUGGCACAAUCACAGGAGUGGAUGUCAGCAUGAAUACCCACCUAAAAGCUGUGAAGAUGACCCUGAAGAAUCGAGAGCCGAUGCAGCUGGAGACCCUCAGUAUCCGUGGAAACAACAUCCGUUACUUCAUCCUGCCGGACAGCCUGCCACUAGAUACUCUUCUGGUGGACAUUGAGCCCAAAAUCAAGUCCAAGAAGAGGGAGGCGGUGGCAGGCCGUGGCCGCGGACGAGGUCGUGGCAGGGGGCGCGGAAGAGGUCGUGGUAGAGGAGGACCCCGGCGAUAAACUCCUCUCACCUCUGCUUGAAUCACCACAUUUUGUACAUUUGGGUGUCAGCAUAUUUCUUGUCCAUGAUUGUUUUGGAAAUUUUUGUUUACUUAUAAUAAACUUUUGGCCUGGUUA